GUCGUGCAGUUUUUUCGACAUAUAUCAGCUGGCCAGUUUUAUUUUGUGUUCUGGUUCUCUAAAAAAGUGCGAUUGAUGUGGGAUGCUUCGCGUGAAAACGCUCUAUAUUAAUCAAUUUAAUUAUGUUCUGUAGUUUUAUUUGUUUUGAACAGGCUUCUGAUUAGUAGAAGGUUUGAAACAACACUGAGACGCAUUCCUGGUUAAGUCGGCGUUAGUGGCUAUAAUCUGAUAUGCUUAACUUUAUUGUUGUAAAAGUACCUAUAGUAUAAGUGAAAGUUAUGUCGUUAAGGAUUCGGCUCUUGCAUGACAUGAUAAAAUAUCGGAAGCGCGUAUGCUAUGAAGAAUUACUGUGAAACAAGGACAUUUUUCUUUGAUAAGUUGAUUGUUAUCUGGUAUUUGAACACUACUAUUCAUUAGUCAUGUCGCUUAACUCAAAAGACUUGUCCAAACUGUUGGACAUGCUAGAUGAAGAAAAUGCUAGCAAAACUUUAGAAAAUAUAUCAAACCAAUUACACACAGUCUUUCCUAGACCAGAGCGUUUCAAAGUUGGAAUGACACUGCUUCUUCUGUUACAACAUGUGGACCUUUUGCCCAAGGAAUUGCAAAGAAUUAUUGCAGUAGCGAUGCUUUUUGAUCUAUACAAAGGCGAGCCACUGGCUACAACUCCAUUUGCACCGGUAUUUGUACAAAUUUUGAAAUCACCUGGUGAAAAUCUUGAUAAAGCUCUUUAUUCUGGACAUAUUCCAGUAUUAUCUCGAUGUGAGAAAUAUUUGAUAGCCGGUCUAAUGGGCUAUAAUUAUAGAGAAAUGAUGAAAAAGACCCCAAGACAAAUAAUAGAAGAAUUGUAUCCUCUACCCAGUCCACCACCUUAUGAUUCAACUGAUUUACAGUUGCAAUUAGUUGAACGUCGCUCUGAACUUCCUGCUGUAGAAAAGUGUGCUAACCCAGUUAUUUUAUCUGACACAGCAAGGCCGAAAGGAAAUGCUACAAAUGAUGUUGAUAUCAAAGAAAAACACAAUAACAUUAUAGAAUCUCUUGUUGUUGGAGAUCCCCCAGCAUAUGCUCAGAGUUAUCAACCCGAGUUUUUAAGACCAUCGCCACCUAUUCAUAGAUCUACUUAUGAUGAAGUACCUUGGAUGAAUAUGUCUGAACCAAGUCAAUUCAAAUUAGAAUAUGAUAAUAGUAUGUGUGUAUCAAACUGUGCUGGUGCUGAAGCUAGGAGAGUUAUGGGCAGAGCCUUCAAAAGUGUCUUAACAUUGCAACAGCAGCAGCAUCUUGUAACUGAGUUACACAAAGAUCCAAAAUUAGUUUAUCACAUAGGAUUAACUCCAGGAAAAUUGCCAGAUCUAGUAGAAAACAAUCCACUAAUAGCAAUCGAAGUUCUGUUAAAAUUGAUGCAAUCCAGUCAAAUCACUGAAUAUUUUAGUGUGCUUGUCAACAUGGAAAUGUCCUUGCAUUCUAUGGAAGUAGUUAAUAGAUUAACAACAACAGUGGAUUUGCCCACAGAAUUUGUUCACCUUUAUAUAAGUAAUUGUAUAAAUACUUGUGAAACUAUCAAAGACCGUUACAUGCAAAGUCGAUUGGUGCGACUAGUAUGUGUUUUUCUUCAGUCUUUAAUUAGAAAUAAAAUAAUCAACGUGCAAGAACUUUUUAUAGAAGUUCAGGCAUUUUGUAUAGAAUUUAGUCGAAUCAGAGAAGCAGCUGCUCUUUUUCGACUACUUAAGCAACUUGAAUCAGGUGACACAGCUGGAUUAAAUUCGACACCAUCAAAAAAUAAUAAAAUUGACAUGUGUUAAAAAAUUCUACUGGAUUAUGGAGGCCUCAAAUAUUGAUAAAUGAAAUUGAAGAAAUUGGUGAGAAAUAUGAAAAACAAGUAAAUUGUUAGCUCAUUAAUACUGCAUUUCAAAUACUUACCCUGUACAUAGGUAUUUAAGAAAUUGUUAAAAUUUUAGAUUAUAAUUACAGAAAUUUCAGAAAUAUAUGUUUUUUUCUGAUAAAACAAUUAAUUUUUUAAGAUUUCUAAAUUAUAUUUUUCAGAAAAUUUUUUUAAGAUAAACUUGUAGUAAAUAAUUUAAAAAAUAGUGAGAUUUCUAAGACUUUGCUUGGUAAUCAAUGCUUAAAUAAUCAAUAUAAAAAAUGUGUAUGUAGACUUAUGUAAAAACAGAAUAUCAUUUAAUCUUUAUUUUUCAAAUCUUUUGAUGACAAUGUUAUUAAAAGUUACAUAAAUUUCUAAUUGUGUAUUCAUUAUUGAGAUUAUCACUGAUAAUGACGAUUUUUUUAUUUAUUAAUAAAAUACCAUUUUAUGUACAAUGAAACCACAUAAAGAUAAUAAAAAGAUUGCAAUAUUUACAGUUUUCAAUAAAUUAAUUUAUUGAUUAAU